CUGUCUCUCACUUUCUUCUCUCCUUCCCAUUUCCCCUCUUUCUCCCUGUAAUUUCAUUUCAUUUGCAUCUUUCCCUCGUGGGUCCACCCAUUUUCUGUCCGCAAAUACAGCCUUAGAUCAACAGCCUGUAAAUACAGCCUGUAAAGAGUUGUUUACACUUGUUAAAAAGCACCGAUUUUGUUCAUUCAUGGCGGUCGUUUCUCUUCACUAGCUCAUGUUUUGCACUCCACUUGGUUUGCUCAUUUCAAGGUAUUGCACACCAGCUGUUCAAGGUAAUGCCGCUGAGAAACUCUGGUUUUAUCUAUUGCCUGUUUUAUAUCUCAAAUCUUAUUAGUUCUAGUCGAGCUCAAGCUUCCUCCUUUUUGGUAACUUCUUCUAUUGUUUUAUUUUCGUGAAAACCCAUUCGCAUCGAUCAUUAACCUUAGAUGGAUCUAGCCAUAAUUCUAGCCGUUCUUCUAUUUGGGUUCUUUGGGAUUAAAUCUUCCGCCUCAUUCACUCCCGCGGAUAGCUAUUUCAUUGUCUGUGGAUCUUCUCAAAAUGUUACUUUCCCAGGUCAGACAUACAUUCCAGAUUCAACCCAGUCUUCUAUUUCAUUGAAAAGUCAAGGGCAGGCCUCUAUAACUUAUACCUCCAAUUCCAGUUCUACUGUCCCUUCUCCACUAUAUCAGUCUGUUCGAAUCUUCUCGAGCAAAGGCUCUUAUAAGUUCAGUAUCAAACAGCAAGGUAGACAUUGGGUUCGCCUAUAUUUCUAUCCUCUUCCAAACUCGGGUUAUGACUUAACAUCUGCCACAAUGACCGUUGUUACUGAAAACUUCGUGCUACUGAACAACUUCACUUUCAAGAACUACAAUGGUUCUCAUCUGUUUAGGGAGUAUUCAAUCAACGUUACUUCAGACACCUUAGUUCUCACCUUACUUCCCUCAAACAAUUCCAUUGCCUUCAUCAAUGCAAUUGAAUUGGUCUCUGUCCCGGAUGAAUUGAUUCCGGAUCAGGCACUGGCUCUAUUCCCUUCUGCCCCCAUUAGUGGUCUCUCUGCUCGUGCCUUUGAAACUAUAUAUCGCCUGAACAUGGGCGGCCCAUUGAUUACCCCUCAGAAUGAUACUCUUGGAAGGACAUGGGUGAAUGAUAAGAAAUAUCUCCAUGUCAACAGCUCGGCUGUGACAGUCUCUGUUAACCCUGUAACUGUGAAAUACCGAGCUCUUGCAACCCCGGAAAUCGCACCAAACUGGGUUUAUGCCACGGCUGAACACAUGGGAGAUGCAAACGUCAACAAUGUAAACUUCAACAUAACAUGGGUUUUUAGAGUUGAUCCGAACUUCACCUACUUUGUCAGGUUACAUUUCUGUGAUAUUGUGAGUAAGGCCAUGAACAAUCUUGUUUUCAACCUAUACAUUAACUUUGAUCUUGCUUUUGGAAGUCUGGAUUUGUCGACUUUAGCAGGAGACUUGGGCGUUCCUUACUACAGGGAUUUUGUUUCCAACUCUUCUGCUGAUUCGAACACCUUGACAGUUAGCGUCGGUCCGGAUACAAUGGCUGACGUGACAGAUGCGAUUAUGAACGGGUUGGAGAUAAUGAAGAUGAAUAAUGAAUUUAGAAGCUUUGACGGGUUGUCGCCGGUUGAGACUAUUCUUCCUGCUUCAGCCUCGAAAAAGAACAAGAGGAUGGCUAUAAUAGUUGGUUCUGUUGCGGGAUCGUUAGGCCUUAUCGCCUUGUUAGGACUUUGUUUAUUCUGUUUGGGGUGCGGCCGCAGGACAAAGGAUUCUCAGCAGGGGGGACAUUCAUGGCUGCCUCUACCGUUAUAUGGAAACUCUCUGUCGUUGACAAAGAUGUCAACUACUUCCCAAAAGAGCGGAACCGCCAGUUGCCUCUCCUUGGCAUCGACCAAUCUGGGGCGGGUCUUCACGUUCCAAGAAAUUAUGGACGCCACCAACAAGUUUGACGAGACCUCGCUUCUUGGUGUGGGAGGGUUCGGUAGAGUCUACAAAGGUACGACAGAAGACGGAACGAAAAUAGCGGUGAAAAGAGGUAACCCGAGAUCGGAACAGGGUCUGGCCGAAUUCCGAACCGAGAUCGAGAUGCUGUCAAAGCUUCGGCACCGGCAUCUGGUCUCCCUUAUUGGGUACUGCGACGAGAGGUCGGAAAUGAUAUUGGUUUAUGAAUACAUGGCAAACGGGCCUCUUAGAAGCCAUCUUUACGGGACAGACCUCCCACCUCUCUCGUGGAAGCAACGGUUGGAAAUAUGCAUUGGGGCAGCUAGGGGGCUUCAUUACCUCCACACCGGAGCAACACAGAGUAUAAUUCACCGAGAUGUGAAGACUACCAAUAUUCUCUUAGACGAGAAUUUUGUGGCUAAGGUUGCUGAUUUCGGUCUUUCUAAGACAGGGCCUGCUUUGGAUCAAACCCAUGUGAGCACUGCGGUUAAAGGGAGUUUUGGAUACCUUGAUCCAGAAUAUUUCAGAAGGCAACAACUUACUGAGAAGUCAGACGUGUAUUCGUUUGGCGUGGUUCUGAUGGAGGUUCUUUGCACAAGGCCUGCAUUGAACCCUGUUCUGCCUAGAGAUCAAGUGAAUAUUGCAGAAUGGGCGAUGACUUGGCAGAAGAAAGGAAUGUUGGAUCAAAUAAUGGACAAGAAUCUUGUUGGGAAGGUGAACCCUGCUUCCCUGAAGAAGUACGGUGAUACGGGGGAGAAAUGUUUAGCGGAGCAUGGGGUUGACAGGCCGUCAAUGGGAGAUGUUUUGUGGAAUUUAGAGUACGCUCUUCAGCUUGAGGAAACUUCAUCGGCUCUGACAGAACCGGAAGACAACAGCACAAACCAUAUCCAAGGAAUUGCAUUGAACCCUCCACCUAUGGAGGCAUUUGAUAACAGCAGCGCAAGUAUGGUGGAGGGUGCGAGUUAUGGGGAGGAAGAUGUGGCGACUAGUGCUGUUUUCUCGCAGCUAGUAAAUCCUCGUGGAAGAUAAAGUUUUUGCAUUUAUACUUCAAAUUUGUUUUUUCUUAUCCUUUGGUGAUUAUAAUAUCUUAGUUGAUCACUGGAAAUCAUAUAAACAUGUGUAUAUUGGAUCUUCUGUUUCUUCUACAUAAAUGUUGUUU